AUGCAGCUCCGUCAAGGGGCCGCCGUGCUGCGCAGCACCACAUCGAUAACGUCACGAUCUCUCCUCUCCUCGUCUUCCUCCCGAUGCGCCCAAUGCCGGCGGACCGCGACCCUCGACCUCCGGUUACCUCUGACCAGCGCUCUGUACCACUCAUCGUCAAAACGGUCCUCGGCAUGGGGCGCUGCCGUGUCUGUCGCAUCCAACAUGGCCGCCAAUGCCGUCAACCGCGUCCUCCCCAAAGGGGACAUGCACAUCGACCCGCUGCGGACGGUGGCCAAGGAGAUGAAAUUCCUGACCGGCAACAUCCGCAAGCUUCUGGGUUCCGGCCACCCUUCUCUGGACCGCGCCGCCAAGUAUUACACACAGGCCGAGGGCAAACACAUGCGGCCCCUCAUUGUCCUGCUCAUGGCGAGAGCCACUGCCCUCUGCCCCAAGGGCCCCCGACUGCACUCCGCCCAACCGAUGGGCGGUGUUGAUACCGCGAUAUCCCCUCCCAACAUCCUCGUCGACGUCAACCCGAGCUCUCCCCUGACGAGCCCUGCCGUCGAGCCAACCGAGGUCGACUCUGAUAUCCUGCCUUCCCAGCGCCGCCUCGCCGAGAUCACCGAGCUGAUCCACACGGCCUCCCUGCUCCACGACGAUGUCAUCGACCACUCGGUGUCGCGCCGUGGAUCGCCCUCGGCGAAUCUCGAGUUCGGCAACAAAAUGGCCGUUCUGGCUGGCGAUUUUCUUCUCGGCCGCGCAUCCGUUGCUUUGGCUCGCCUGAGGAACGCCGAGGUCAUAGAGCUUCUCGCCACCGUCAUUGCCAACCUGGUCGAGGGCGAGUUCAUGCAGCUCAAGAACACUGAGCGGGAUGAGCGGAGACCCGUGUGGUCCGAGGACGCGCUGGCCUACUACCUCCAGAAGACGUACCUGAAGACGGCCAGCUUGAUCUCCAAGUCGUGCCGUGCAUCCGCCAUCCUUGGCGGCUCCGACGCUGCUUCGGUCGAGGCGGCGUACGCCUACGGCAAGAACCUGGGUCUCGCAUUCCAGCUGGUUGACGACAUGCUCGAUUAUACUAGGAGCGAGAAGGAGCUGGGCAAGCCGGCCGGAGCCGACCUUGAGCUGGGUCUCGCGACAGCCCCACUGCUGUUUGCGUGGAAGACGAUGCCCGAGUUGGGCGCCCUAGUCGGCAGGAAGUUUGAACAGGAGGGCGACGUUGCAAGGGCACGCCAGUUGGUUCUCCAGAGCGACGGCAUCGAGCAGACGAGGGCACUGGCUGAGGACUAUUCGGAGCGGGCCAUCGCAGCCAUCAGCGGGUUCCCUGACAGCGAGGCCAAGGACGGUCUCGUUGAGAUGGCCGUCAAGGCUUUGAAGAGGACAAAGUAA